CGGAGUGCCCCCCGCUGGACAGUCUGACGGGAGCUCUCAGCCAAGCUUCCUAAACCCACCUGGAAGAUUAGCGUUUGGAAAUUCAUGAGGAAUUGAUUCGCAUGUAAUGGAUAACAGUCCACUCCACAGGACUGCCUCCUCUCUGCUGAAACAUCUUGGUUACACACCCCAGUCAGAGGUCGGACGUGGGGAACAUAGAAAUGACGGUGUUAGCCGGAUACAAGGCACGAAUUUCAACGCAAUGACUCGAAACAUUAACCCUGCUUUCUCUCUGCGCCCGACCUGCCGAGUUUCUCCAGCACUUUCUGUUGUUACUGCGUAAAAAGAAAGACUUUUCAGCAUUUAGCUUCGUUCAGCUGACGACCUCUUUGUCCUCCCUUUCUGGCUGUCUCUUUCCCUGCAUUGUGCUCAGUACACAAUUUCCCUCUUUUUUUAAAGGUUUUUUGCGUCUUCGGUUUUCUGAUUCCGUCCCUUUAUCCCCCUCGAUAUUUCACUUUAUCGUGUCUUUGCCUCCCCAAAAAUGGGACAGGUUUAAGGACCGCCCAGGAUUGAUGUGAUUUGCUGAUGAACAGUCGAACUUUAGCAGCUCGGUAGACAAAGCGCUGUUCUGGCACCAGUGUCAGAGAAGGAUCUGUUGGAGGGAACAGCUCCAGUUAAGUCUCGAUACACAGCCUGCUGCCGCUAACAGCCAGCUGAACGUUCCCAGGCAGUGAAAGCUGCGCAGAAUAUAGGCUUUGGGACUGGGAGAAGGGGGUCAGAAGCUUUAACAUGCUUACAAAUAUGAAGCAAAACUGGGUUCAAACCAACGGUGCACCAUCAAUCUUCACUCUGUAGGACGGUUCUCAGCGGCGCCCUUCACCCUGAGAGGGGGAAAUUUCAGCUCACACCUUGGACGGACCUGCAGCCAUGGAGCAAGUCUCGAGUCUGCCCACAGGGAACGCCAAUUUGACAGAAGCGCUGGGCCACGCGUUCCAGUACUCGCUGCCGUCCAGCGAUGUGCUCUAUAGCGACUACAAACCCCCUCAGAAAGAACUCAUCCCUCUGCCCAAAGCUGUGCUCUACCUACUUACGGCGGCCCUGGUGGUGGUGGCAGUAGCUUAUGCCAUCGUGGGCCAUCUCCUUAAAGACCUCGCACACGACUUUGCAGAUUGCAUAUUUGGUCCAAGGCAGCAUGACACAGAGACUGGCAAUGACCUGAAGUGCAUCACUCGUGAAACACUGCUGUACCCGCUCCAGAAUCAGGAGGCAAUCCAAAUCCCAGAAGAAAACCAAACACUGCAUUUACCACAACAGACAUGACUUCCAACUAGGAAUCGAGGGAUGGAUUAACCAAAGAGGACUCAAACUGAAAAAUCCUCAUACCAUCACGAGCACCAACUGAAUUCAGUCUAAUGACAUCAGCUGCCAUCACCACUGAGUUAGUUUCUUGUAAGCCGAAUGUUGACAAAUUAACUUGUGACUUUCUGAAACCUUAAUGUAUUUCCGGAUGUAGCAGAAUUAACUGUACAAUAUAUACAUAUAUAUAACAAAAACACAUGGCCACUGCAUUUAUGAAUAGAAUGGCAAGUUGUCAAGGGAAAGCUGUGCAUUUAUAUAGCACCUUUUAACAUAGGGCAAACUAUCCCAAGUUACUUCAUCGGAGGGAGCAUCAAAUGAAUUUAACCCUCAAACCUCACAUUUUGCAAUUUUAGCUCUGCUAUAUGAGAAUCCAAUUUUUUUUGAAUGCCUCUAGAGGCUAGGUCACAAUUCCCUCCUGAUCAGGCUAUUCCAGAUAUGUGUACAAAGGCAUUUUUUCCUGCAUUUUUCUCUAGCUUAUCCUCAAAACCAUUUCUUCCAAUAUUCUUCCUUAUAUCAAUGAAAUAUUUGGAAUUUAUCUUCAGAGUGUUUUAUAUAUUUUGCUUAAUUUGCUUGCUGUCUUGGCUGCAAUUAGCAUCAAUCCUUCCUCUUAGCUCAUCUCUCCUCAUAUUUGAAUAAUUUCCUGUUGUAUCUACCCCAAAGGCUUGCACACCUAUGAAAUUCUGUUACUUCAAGCAAAUGUUCUAGGCUUUGGGCUCCUUUCAGCAGUUUCCACCCACAUGACUGCAGCAUCUCAGCAGCACUUAACCAAUGGCCAUGCUGGCAGCACUUGGCAACGAACAGGUAUAAGUGAUGACAUGUCAUAGCGUCAAAAGGGUCCUAUGCUGGUCAAGUGAAACUGCACUGAAAAAUUAUCGAUUGUUAACUUGAAUGAGUGAUUUAGUAUGGUGCCACAUCCUAUGAGACCCUGGGCUUGUCUGGCUCUGCGACAGCAUCCCCUAUCUGAGCCAGAAGGUCCAGAUUCAAGUCCUACCUGAGCUGCAGGUGUUUCACAACAUAACCAAACAAGCCAAUUAAAAUAACUCUUACAAAUCCAUUCUUACCAUGUGCUGCUCUUCCCAACCCCUAGAAUUGUUUAUGGAAAUGCUGGCAAUAUCUUCCAGAGCGCAAUUGUUCCUAUUCCAAGCUUUAUUAAACAUUCUUUGUCUGCAAGACCGGCACUGGCUGUCAGUCUGAAUAGAUUCAAUAUUUUAUAAAGAAACUUUAGGUGGGUGUCUGGUUACUCAGAGGUGUAAAAUUUGUUAGUCUUUGGUUUCAAUGUUAUUCUGAUUGCAAUGCUACCUCUUCCAAUAAUACCAUCUUAUCCCAGCUGGAAUUUUCCUAUUGAUAAACCUAGAAUAGCAGUGAUAAUCUGUUACAAUCUCUCAAGUGACUAACAGCCAAGAGUCAACCAAUCUGGACAUAUUCCAAUCACUCAACGUAAAGACUGAAUUUUCACUGAAAAUAAAACUAAGGCAGAUCUUGGGGUUAAUUGACCAAGAAAUGAAACACCAUAGAAUAUACUUUAGUUUUGCUCCAUUUAUUGCUUUGGAUUACAGUUCCCAUUUAAAUUUCUGAUACAAGAUGGCUGUUAUAAACAUACUGCCCGGGAAUCAAGACAUUGUUAAUGAGGUAUAUGCCACAGUGACAGCCUUUCAGAAGGCCUCACUGUAUAAAACAAAGAAAGGAAAGGGGCCAUGACCAGAACUAAUUAUAAAAAAAGGAUUGCACAAUGACUAAAAACACUGCUUCCUUUGAGCUAGUUCAUGAUGUCAUACUAUGCUCUGUAUAGUGCUAAUUAGAUAAGGUUCCAGUGUACCUAGCCAAUAAGAACAAUUUGGGUAACAGUCCAAACAUUAAAAAAUUAAACUUUUUACUUCAACUGACUUGCAGUUCAAUUCCAGCUUCCACUGCUAUUUCAAUUUGAUGUCUCUCAUGUUUCCACAAUAACCAAAGUUCAUGUGUCAACUCCAUGCGAUGUUUUAAAGGACCAACUUAAAAAUAACUGGAACAUGAACACUGUGAUUUUAGCUGAGGCAGUGAAAUAGUAAGGCCAAGUGAUAGUAAGCCAUUUCCCAGGGCUAGAAAGCCCAAAAUUUUACUCUGCCUCUCCCCUAAUCUCCCAAACAUAAAUAUAGUGAAAACUUUUCUCAGGCUAAAGAUGUGUAGAGCACACACUUCAGAAAGAGUCAGUUUGUGCUGAACGCUAGGGAUCCAGGCGGCAUACUGGGCUAUCGUACACCAUCUGCAGGUUCACCUUAUGUCCCACCAGCUCACGGAUGUUGUUGAUGCCAUACUUGAUCAUGGUUGGCCUGGAAAGCAAUAAUAAAAAAAAACUGCAAAAUUUAAACUCAGAUCUCGGAUAUUCUAUGAUAAGAAGGUGCACAGCUGGAUGAACACAGCAGGCCAAGCAGCACCAGAGG